UAUCCGGUUAUGAAGGUCACGUUAUCAAGGUCAUAACAGACCGCUUUUUCAGCAAUAAUUGUUAUGAAUGAAUAAAAAAAACUGAAUACUGAUAAAAAUUUAUAAAAAUAAUUGAAUUCGGAACAAAAUAUAAAACGUCUAUUUCGUAGUGUGAGAGUUUUAGAUUAGGUCCUAGGUUAAAUUGGAAACAAAAACGAAUAUGAUCAGAUUAUUUAGAGCUUCCUUUAAAUUUACUGGUAAUUAUAUAAAAAAUGUUGCGGAAAUGUCUACCGUUAGGGUCAUACAGUCUCAAAAAAUAGACAUUGAUGGACAACCAAUAAAUUAUGUUAAAAUUGGUAAUGGUCCUAAAAAUAUUGUCUGUUUACCGGGAGUUUUGGGGACAAUUUGGACUGAUUUCAAGCCUCAAGUUAAUAACUUGGAUAAAAGUAAAUUUACCGUGGUUGUAUGGGAUCCUCCUGGUUAUGGUUUUAGUCGACCACCCAAUAGACAUUUUAAUACUGAAUUUUAUAUGAAUGAUGCCAUUUGUGCUCAAAAAUUUAUGAAGAAAAUAGGAAUAGAUAAGUAUUCGGUUCUGGGAUGGAGUGAUGGUGGUAUAACAGGUUUGAUAAUGGCUGCGAGAUUUCCAGACAAUAUAGAAAAAUUAAUUGUUUGGGGGUCUAAUAGUUAUGUUACUCAGGUAGACCUUAAAGUGUGUGAUGAUCUAAGAGAUUUAAGUAAGUGGUCAGAUAAAAUGAAAGCUCCACUCAUAGAACUUUAUACAGAAAAAGGAUUACAAGAUAUGUGGAAUGCUUUCUCUGAUACACUGAGAGAAAUAUAUGAUAAUGGUGGAAAUAUUUGUAGUAAUCUAUUAAAUGAUAUAAAUUGUCCAGUUUUUAUUCUUCAUGGAGACAAAGAUCCUAUGAUUGCUCCUGAACAUCCUGGGUAUCUCUUAUCGAAAAUCAAAGAUGCUAAGUUACAUAGAUAUCCAGAUGGUAAACAUAACAUCCACUUGAAAUAUGCAGAAGAUUUCAAUAAAUUGGUGUCAGAUUUUUUGUUACAAUAGUUCAAAUAUAAUUAUUCCAUAACAAUAUAAAA